AGAGGUUGACGUGUGGGCGUCGGGCUGCCUCCUGUCGGAGAUGCUGACGGGGGAGCCCCUGUUCCCCGGCGAGAGUGACAUCGAUCAGCUUUUCCACAUCAUUCAGACGCUGGUCUCGGCCUCCUUCCCCAACUGGUCCUCUCGCGCCCACGCCUUCGUCUCCGCCUGCCUCUGCCUCGAGCCCGUGUCACGCCCCUCGGCCCAGGAGCUCCUCAACCACGAGUUCUUCACCCACGACGGCUUCCCCGAGACCUUCCUGCCGGUGCUGAGGCAGAAGGUACAGCAGGAGUUCAGCACCAACGUCCUCCUGGGGAUGACCGGCGGCGGGGGGAGGCGGGGCUCGAGCACGCCCGCCAGGAGGACCCAGGGGCGGAAGGUAACCGGGGGCGGCUCCCCUGAGAGUGUCUACGGGCGGAGCAUCGGUAGGGUGCCUCAGCCUACCACCACUGCGCCCACAACGACCGCGAGAGCAGACGCUACGACCAUCCCCGCCAGAUCCUCACCCACCAAGCACACCCUCCAGACAACAGGCCCCCGCCCGUCCGUGUCCUUCGCGACAAUCACGCCCUCGCACAGCAGAACAGGGGCGUCCAUACAGAGCCUCGGGGGCGUGGCCACCUUCACCGCGGCGGGAGGAGGGGGCGUGGCUGACGAGGGGCUGAUCCUACCCCUGAGAGAACUGCACACUGCCAACUCCAACACGACCUCAAUAAACAACAACAAUAACACAAUCGCUCUCACUUUGCACAUCACGGGCACGACCAACACAGCGUCGCCUGCACGCACGACCAGAGCCAGCGACAAGUGCCGGAAGUCGCCCGUGAACAUCUGGGGCUCGAGCCUGAAGGCUCGCGGUCAGGGCCUGUGUAUCUGGGACGACGACGACCACUUCGGGGCCAUGAUCGCCGACGGGCCGCCCUCCUUCACCGCCGUCACCGCCAGCAGCCGCCACCUGGGGGGCGACCUCCCCCGCACGCCGGCCGAGCACGCCAGGACCUCCGACAUGAGCCGCCACCCUUACACCAUCAGCCUGGACCGGACCAAGGAACUCGUGGCCAGGGAUUCCCCGUCCUCCUUCAGGGACUUCACCAGAGAUCCCCUGAAGGAAAUCAAGGAUAACCCGCUCAGGGAUCCUCUGAGAGACCCUUUGGGCUACAGAGACUCCCUCAGGAGACCCCGGCUGGAGGUGAUGGGUUGGGCUAAGCCUCGUCUGCUCAACGACGACCUCUCGCUGCCGAACGUCCCGGGAGUGACGUCAUCGAACAACACGGGCAGCCCAAAGAAGUCGGGGGUCGGGGGCGGGGUCGGGGGC